CACGCUACGCGUUUGUGUAGUAUUGCUUGAUUACAAGGCACUAGACCUACAUGAUAGCAAGUAAACGUGUAGCUCGGAACUGGCAACUUCUGCAUACAAGUCUAAGUCUGGUUAUCACGGCGCUUUUCAGUCAUAUAUCAGAUGACAAAGCUGUACUCUAGUUCGUUUAUAGGAAACAAAGUGUAGAACGCAAAAACGGUGUCUCAAUAGUAUCUCUGCGCUUGCUUGUCAUGGCUUUCCCACCUGAGGAGCCGUCCGCAGACGACAGGACGAUAUAUGCUAAACCUUUCCCCAAAACAGCAACGGAGGACUAUGUCAGGCAACUGUUUGGAUCAUAUGGCAGCAUCCUGCGCGUCAAGAUGCGCCGCGAGGCAGCCACCAACAGCUUCCGCGGCAGUGUAUAUGUGGAGUUCGCGGACCCCGCCUCCGCGCUUGCCGCCGUCGCCAGCCCCCCCACGCAGCCCCCACCACCGCCCUCGCAGCACGCAGCGAGCAGCUCCACGCCGCCCUCCUCGCGCCUCCACGUCAUGAUGAAAGCCGAGUACGAACGCAAGCGCGACCAUGCAAGCAGCUCAGCCGGCGGCACGCGGGAGGCUUCUGCUGGUGCUGGUGGUGGCGGCGGUUCGUCUUCCUCCCACAAGCGUGCCAGACACCGCCUGAGUGAGGGCCCCUCCUCCUCAUUACACCACCACCACCACCCGACACAACAACAAUCAGCACAACAGACCCCGCCGCCACCACCACCGCCCCCGCAGCUGCCACCCCACUACUCCAGCCACCCUCUACCCCGCCACAGCCCGGGCGCCCCGCCCGGCUCGCACCCCGACCUGCCGCCAGGCAGCACGGCCCCCUCCGGGACAGCAGCACCACCAGCAGCAGCCUCCUACCCGCAACAACAGCAGCAGGGCCCCGCCAGCGAGCAGCAAUACCCCUCCAGCCAGCCGCCCCCGCAUGACUCGCAGCACUGGCGGCGGGUGGCUGAGGAGCGUGAGGCUGUCGUCCGGGGGCUGGAGGAGGCGCUGCAGCGGGAGCGGGAGGACAACAGCCGGCUGCACCAGCGGCUGGAGGAGGCCCAGCAGCGAGCGCAGGAUGCCGCCUCACGCGAGGCCGCAGCCAGUCAGAAGGUGCUGGCGCGGGAGGUGGAGAUCGGGUCGCUGAAGGGCGAGAUUGCCAUGCUGCGGACGCAGGGCGCGGCUGCCCUAGAGCGGCAGAGUGCGGCGCACAAGACCCGCAUUUCGGAGCUGGAGGCGUCCCUGCAGCGGCUCAAGGACACGCUGCUGGAGAAGGAGCGAGGCGAGCGGGAGGCGAGCAGGAAGGCUGCAGCAGCGGCAGCGGCGUCCGCAGCAGCAGCAGCAGGAGCCUCAGCAGCAGCGGCAGCGCAGAGGGAGAACGGGGCAGGG